UCGAUAACAGGGCCCCGUCCAUGUCAUUUCGGGUGCGUUUCGCGUUUUUUUUGUAGCCUUCCGAAAUUGCUUGCAUAAAAAUAAGGGUUUCAAGUGAAUUAAUAAUAUAUUGUGGCUCAUCGUAUGUGUGUGGCAGCAUUUUAUUGUGCAGUGAUCCCCUCCCUUCGUGCAAGUAGUUCAGCAGGGCAGUGAGUGAACGUGUAAAACAAGAAAACAACGAAAAUGAUUCAAUGACGUCGCGAAACGAAUCCGAAUCGACAAAGAGAAAGAGCAAGAAAAGUGGACUGUAUCUGCUUCCCACCCGUAUGCUGGGCUGGUUGACAGCAUAAUCAGUAUUAAAAUUGUGUAAAAACACCAACAAACUUAAAAUCAAUACCACUGAGAGAGGAAAACAUGUGCUAAACAUCAACUACGCUUCAAAAUGGGAUCGCGUAUCAAGAACGAUGUAAAGAAACUCUUCGAGUUUUGGUGCGAAAUCAAGCCCACACCCGGCCUGGAGCGCGGAACAAGCCCACGGAACGGCGCCGCCGCAACUCCCGCAGGCGUGAUCGUGGAGAGCUUCCCAGAAGGAUUCCGCGAUAAAGAGGUGCUAACCGGCAUACCAUCGUUUGCGUUUCCCUGCGAUCUCGAAAGCGAAUCGGUGCAAUCGUAUUCCUUUGUCCACACCACCGGCGACUCAAAAUGGCGUUUUGGCUUCUGUCGACACGAUCCCAAGGCGAACACAGCGAUGGUUUUGAUCACCUACUUGCCGUGGCACGACACCUUCCUGAAAUUGUUGCCCGUGCUAGCGGAGUUGAGGCGAACCGAUGCGACUGGCUUCAAGACGUUCCUGUCGGAGGCCUACAAUCGUGGAGUGCCCGACUCGGGCGGCAGCUUGACGGUGUUCUACAACAGUGGACGGAGUCACUUUAUAUUCGAGCGUCCGCUGCAGUUCCAAUUGCCAAGCAUGCCGGAAAACCACAAUCUAAGUCUGUACUACAACUUUGUGGAUCCCAAGGAGAUGAUUGCUGUGUUUGCGGCCAUGCUGGCCGAGCGGCGGAUCAUAUUCACCUCGCGACACCUGGAUCGCCUCUCCUCGUGCAUACAGGCGGCCAAUGCAUUCCUAUUCCCCAUGGUCUGGCAGCACAUAUUCAUCCCGGUGCUGCCGUGGGAGUUCAAAGACUACCUGGGUGCCCCGAUGCCAUAUUUAAUUGGUGUGCCAAAGCCAGUGCUCGAAACCGUAUCCGAGGAUGAGCUCGGGGAAGUUGUAAUCUUAAACUGUGAUACAAAUACAUUUGAGAGUCCCUUUGACGAUGUGCACGACAUGCCUGCGGAGAUUGUGUCGCAGCUGAAGAAGCAUCUGAAUCACACGCAGGACCACAUCGGUGAUCGCAUCUCGAAGAUAUUUCUGAAUGCGCUGGUGCAGCUGAUUGGCGGCUAUCGGGACGCCGUUGAGUACCACGAGACCAGCAAGACGUUCAACCACGACAAAUUCAUUGAAUCUCGGCCGGCUCAUUUGCGGCCAUUUCUUGCCAAAAUGAUGGAGCUACAGAUCUUUGCCCAGUUCAUCGAUGAUCGCCUGAAAAUGCUCAACAGCGGCCUAGGCUUCUCCGACGAGUUUGAGCUGGAGACCGUGCGCUAUGCGGAGAAGAUGCGCAAGCGUGGCCGCAACUUUCUCAAGAAUGUCAAGGACAAGACUAAUCCUGCUGUUAAGUCUGCCGUCAAAUCGGUGAAGGACGGCUCGCGGGGCAUGAAGACCGCCUACAAGGGCUUCAAGACCAAGCUGCGAGAGAACGGCAACCAGUUGGGCGGAACCAAUUUCCACUUUGGUCUGGGCUCGCCCACCCACUCGGACCGACCGGAUGGCGGCAGUGGUGGAUACGUCCGUAGUGGCAGAGGUCUUGGAGCAGCCCACCACUCGGCACCCAGUUCGCCAGUCACCAGCAAGCGGCUAGACAAUGGAAUCGGAGGCACCCACGGAACGGGUGCCAUCACAGGCACCGGCAGCAGUCACACAAACGGCUCGCUGGCCAGAGAGCCCCGGGAGUACGGGGCACGACGCGGGCCAGUUCCACUGGCGAUGUCUAGCUCGAGUAGCCACAUACAGCCGAACGGUCAUGCGUACGGGGCGCAUGCUGCUGCUCAUUAUGGUCAUCAUCUGGCUGCGUCUCCUGCUGUCAGCUCGGCGAGCUCGCUCUGUUCAUCGUCGGAGAUGAACCUGUCGCAGGAGCUGCAGAACCAUCCACUCUUCAAGACGCCGGCUGUGGAUCGCAGUCUUAAGCCAAGCUCAGAUCACCACACCACACGCACUCAGCGAGGAGGAGCGCCGCCGGCUCGACCACCGCCUCCCCAGUCUAUGCAGCCCACGCAGCCAGCCUCCGCCUUUUACUACAAUCAUCCGUAUGCCACGCAUCAGCACGUGGAGACGAAGCCGCCGCGCCACACCUCCACGCCGACCAAACCACGUCAGCCACUGCCUACCACGGACUCCAGUUUUGAUAGUCCACCGGAUGUGCAGUCACCGCCCAUUCCACCGCGAAGGCAAUGCGGCUCCAAUGCUGUGGCCGCCACAGCAGCCGCCGUCAGUGCGGAGAUCAGCAAGCUGGAGCGUAACUGCUGGCAGGAUGAUCCAGCAGCACCAAACAAUUCCGUACGCAACUCCAACGCAUCUUCCACAACAUCGACGUCGUCUUCCUGCUCCUCCGGCGCCUCCUUUGUGACGGCCGCCUCAACGUUCUCGCAUCUGAAUGUCUCCGAUCCGCCCAUUCCGACACCAAGGGCCAAGAGAGAGCAGUCCCAGCAGCAGCAUCACCACCACCCCCAUCAGCCGCUGGAGGACAGCAUGAACGAUCUGAUAUCGCUGGACGAUAGCAACAACACCAGCUUCGACCUGGAGGACUUUGACCCGCUCAACCAGAAUGCACGGCCAAUGCCUCCGCUGGGCAAAGUCUUCAACAAGAAAUCUUCUACACUUCCAGCGGGCGUCAACAGCAGUGUGGUAACCGCAGCGUCGUCGGGCAACAGUGUCAGCAACCCACUCUAUCCGUAUUUCGCUCCCAAGCACAUGGCUACAGUCGCUGCUGUGACCGGAGGUCGAGCCCCUCCUUUGCCGCCGCAAAUUCAACGCAACACCAUUGCCGCUAGGCCGGACGAUGACUUUGAGCUGCUGCGCAAAUACGGGCUGGAUCAGUUCACAUUAAAUGCCAACGCAGCGGAGAAGCAGCAUCAGCAGCAGAAGCCGGCCAUAAUCACGGCAGGAAGUGCAGCUGGCAAGGGUAUGAACAACUGGACGACGUUCGAUUAGAGGGCAACCGCAUCCUGCUAGAGAUAUAUACCAAAAUAAGUGUGAUUCAAGUUCAUUCAAAUGUGUUGUAAAUAGCUAGGAGAUAGGAGAUAAACGGAAGUCACGAUGGGAUCACGAAGAUCAAUGACCGAUGACAGCAAAAUAACUCUUAGGAGUCGAGUUCUUCUCAGUGGCCGGUUCUUUCGUUCAGAUCAGAUCAAAGUAAUUAAGAGUCUUGCUUGUGUAAAUAAUUGUAUUUAGUAGGUUGCAUGAAAAGGAAGCUAU